ACAAUUUAAUCGCAAGGCAGAUGUUGCCGAUGCAUCACGGAGUUGUUUUAAUAGGUGGCUGGGCGCACAGAAAGGGCGUCCCGACGCUAUUUAAGCGCGGAAACAUCGUAACUCUAUCACAUCACAUCGCGUCGCGACGUCAGGCAUCGGUUCCAUUCACGUACUCGCUGUUGCACUACGACGCUUGAAACGCAUAAUAAACAAAACUUCUACCUACCACCAUUAUCUUACAUUCAUUCGUGAUCAUUUACUUGAAUAAAAUCAUCGAUCUUUUUUGCCAUGUUUUUCUCGAAAGUUUUUGUUCUCGUACUUUCUUACUCCUGCCUCUGGGUGCUUGUCUUCGGACGCAUUUCAUUGUUGCGACUCGAUGAAAAUUACAUCCCAAAUCUUAAGCCCUAUUCAGAGCUGAAUAUGCUGGAUACCGAACAACCCCAUAGCAUCCUUCCAAGGACGAGACCCAAACGUAACGAAGACCAUAUAAUUUCUGAUUGCCUAUACAUGACUUCAGAAGAAGGAAAUUUCUUUUACAAAUCACUUAACAACGAAGAGACUGUGUGUGGAAUUUACAUGUUCACUGAACCUGACCAGAGAAUAGAAAUCCAUUUCAAUUAUUUCGACGUUCCUUGCGAAAUUGGCGGACUUGUUGCAUUUAUAGACGGAUGGGAGAUGAAUGGAGAAAUCUUUCCCAGUAAAAUGGACGAUUCUCGACCAAUGAGGCAGCGAUUUGCUGAGUUCUGCGGAGAAAAGAAAAUCAAACAGAUCUUCGUCAGUUCUCAGAACGUAGCCUUUUUGCAAUAUAGAAUUCCGGGACCUGGAAAGGGUUUUAGCUUUACAACCCGAUUUAUAAAAAAUCCUGCCCCCUGCAAUAUAUUCCUUCAAGACGAAGAGGAUGUAAUAACCCUCCGAAACUACGGAAAUAGAACCAAUUGCAGCGUAAGUGCAAUGUUUCCGGCUGAAAUCCAUAUUCUGGCGUUAAGUGUGGGAGUUGUUCCAACGACUGGUCGACGAUAUUCGUUUGAAACUGGGAGUUUAUAUAAGUGUAAAAAGCGAGGACUAAGUGAUUAUGUUGAAAUUGGGGGUUCAUCGGGACUAGAUAACUCGAACCUUUAUCUAGCAGAUUCAGUCUGCGGAAUGGAUUCGAAACCAGCUAAAUUUUCGGAAAUGAUUGGAUGUGGAACCACUACAGUCCGAUUGGUUUCAAGUGGCAUUUUCGACAAUUCUGUCACCGUGGCAUUGAGGAGAUUAGACGAAGAGCGAAUAAGUAACGGAUUUUUCAGUGUUUUGUGUCCAAUGGAAGAAAAUAAAAAAUAGGUGGUUAACAUUAGAUGCCCUCCACUACCAUCUCAAUUAGAAAAAGGAACAUUAAUUGUGUUCUGUUUUUGAUUUAAUUUAUUGUAACAAUAGGCGUUUUAAUAUCCCAGUUAAUAAUUCAAUAAAGACAUUCUUCCUU